AAGCUCCCAGCACGCCUGCAUUGCGGAUUCGCCCUCCCUUGCUCGCGAGCAGCGAGGCGUAGCUGACGGCAUUGGCACUGACAGGCCGACGGCAGACGGAAGGGCAUGGCUGGAGGAGCAGAGGCGGCGAGCGGUGUGGUGGUCGACGUCUCCACGCCACUGCUGCCGCGCGAGGCCGCUCGUUCUCGGGAAUGCGUGUCAUCGCCGAAUGGGAGCCCCUCACCGCCGCAUUCCCCGGCAGCACGUCGCAUCGUUGCAGCCGCAAAGAUCGCCGCAAUCGUCGGGUGCGUCGCCCUGCUCGGCGCGCUCUGCCUGCUCGUGCCGCGCCGAGCUGCCCUCGAGACAAGUGCUGAUGACGCCGUCAGCAGCAGCAGCAGCAGCGCGGCUGUGCGAUUCUUCGCGUUCGGCGACUGGGGUCGCAACGGUACCUUCAACCAGUCGCUGAUCGCACAGCAGAUGGGUACAGUGGGGCAGCAGAUGGCCCCGCAGUUCGUGGUGUCAGUGGGCGACAACUUCUACGACGAGGGGCUCACGGACGUCAACGACGACCAGUUCACGCGCUCCUUCUCCAACAUCUACACGCACCGCAGCCUGCAGGUCCCCUGGUAUGCAGUGCUGGGCAACCACGACUACUACGGCAACGCCUUGGCGCAGCUGCACCCAGCCUUGGCCAACAGGGACCCGCGCUGGGUGUGCCGCCGCAGCAUGGCGCUCUCGCUGCCGCUGUGCGCCGCUCCCACCGUGGACUGCGCUGACCUGGUGGACCUCUUCCUCUACGACUCCACGCCCCUCGUCCCCGCAUACCGCCACAAGAAGGGGCGGCGCGUGGACUGGCGCGGGCUCAACACAGGCAACUGGAGCCAGCAGGAGGCGGCGCAGCUGCAGGAGCUGGAGGGGUGGGUGGGCAACUCGCGGGCGCGGUGGAAGGUGGUGGUGGGGCACCACCCGGUGUUCAGCUAUGGGCACCACGGCCACCAGCAGGAGAUGGUCGACCGUGUCAAGCCUCUGCUGGAGCGGUACGGAGUGGACGCGUAUCUCAACGGCCACGACCACAACAUGCAGCACGUCAAGAGGGACGACAGUCCGGUGCACUACUUCACGGUGGGCGGGGGCUCCAAGGCGUGGCGCAGCGAUGCACCCUCGGAGGCCCCCGGGCUGCGCUUCUACUUCCCGGGGCAGGGCUUCAGCGCGCUGCAUGUGGACACGGAUACACUCUCCGUUGCCUUCUAUGGCGUGGACGGCCAGCAGAUGUACUCCACCACCCUGCGCAAAUAACAGCUCUCUGUAGCCUGGCUGUAGCCAAAGGUUUAAACUCAUUUGUCAUUUAUGUAUGCAUUUAUGUAC